AAGAGACAUGGGGUCUAUGUGAUAGUGCAGUGCUGUGUACCUUAACAUUUCAUUCCAGGAAGGACGUUUGACACUGAACAGUCAUAAUGUUUGGAUCAACAUUUGACGAGUUCUGCGACUUCAACGACAGCAUCUGCAGCAACGACUCAGGCUUCGAGAAGACCUACACUGAUUCUAUAUCCACGAGCACAACCAAUACGCCAACAAAAAAUGAAUCCAUAGACUACGGCUUAUCUUUAACACCAACAAAAGACAAUCCUACACGACGUAGACUGUUCCCUGAAGAAUUCGAAUAUUCUAUACAAGGAAAUUUUGAAGACAUAAAAUCAUUUAACGAAUUUCAACCACACGAUAAUACAUCGACGCCUGUUAAGAAAGAGAGGAAACCAAAAGAUCCUAACAAGCCUAAGAGGAAAUACUCGAACGGAAAAACAAGAGUGACAAGAUGUAAGAGUCCAACGCAGAUCUUAAAAAUAAAAAGAAACAGACGUAUGAAGGCAAAUGACCGAGAGCGGAAUAGAAUGCAUAUGUUGAACGAAGCUUUAGAUAGACUUAGAUGUGUAUUGCCAACGUUUCCAGAAGAUACAAAGUUGACUAAAAUAGAGACAUUGAGGUUUGCACAUAACUACAUAUUCGCGUUAAGUCAAACUUUGGACGCAUUAGACAAUAUAAACAGCGGAGAUCCACCUUCUGAGAAUUCUAGCCUAGCUUGUGAACAAGCGUAUCCGCUAACAUGCGAUAAGAUGAAUAAAGAUGCUUUUAGGGAAAUAUUUAGUUUACCAAAUAAAAUAGAAGAAAAUAAAGGAGAUGGAAGUUUUAGAAGUUUCCAAGGUUUUAGUAAGCCUUUUCCUAAUGGAUCAAAUUUCUUACAAACUUCAGAAGGCGUACUGAUAAACGUGGGAAAUGUAACAGUGUCUGUAAAUAACAAAGGUGGUAAUUGUAUAACAUCAACAACAGGAAGUGGCUUCUUUACAAAUCCGUCCAGCUAUGGUGACGAUUUGCUACAAGAAAGUUACUAUCAAAGGCCUCAGCCAAUUUGUUCAAGUUACAACAACAAUUAUAGUAACAAUGAACAAUAUGGGUCCAAAGACUAUUUCAAUGAAAAGAAUUACGAAUUAUUCAAGAAUGCAUUUGAGAAUGCUAAAAAUGGACGAGCUUUGAAUAAUGAAUUUACAAAUAACUAUGGUGGUUGUACUGGACAAACGUAUUUUUAUAAUCAACGAUAUGAUUAUAGCAAUCAAGUCAGCUAUACACAAAAUAAUUAUUAUUAUGACGAGAGAUAUAGACACAAUAUUAUAUAUAGAAAUCAAGGCGUUGUGAAUGCCAAAAUAUAGGUUUAUCCUCACAGAGAGAGCCAUAUCUUGAAAUUGUAUCAUAUCAUAUUUUUAAUUGAUUUUUCUAGUCAUUUAGUUGAAAAUAUAUUUUUUUAGACUAUUGUAUACAAAAGAAGCAUUUGUAUU